CUCUAAACUCAAGAAUAAAGAGUGACGUGUAGCAAGCAACUGAGUGGCAGUAGCUGCAAAUUUUUAAGACACGGAAGCACUACUGCAAACUCUCCCGUUAGAACUCGUCAGGUUGGUCGUGUAUCAUGAAUAUCGGCGUGGAGAAUGCGGCCCCACGCCCCGCCCCUCGCGCCGGAGCGCCUGCCCCUCCUGCGCCCGGUGGUCCGCCUUCGAUGUCGUCCAGCGUGUGGCAACGGCUCCGCUCGGUUUUGCUCAUGCUCUGCUCGUUCGGAUUGACGGGCUUGGUGUUGGCCAAUGCUUACUAUCAGCGACAACAGUUCUACCCCUCCGUGGUUUAUAUCACCAAAUCCAAUCCUAGUAUGGCCGUAAUUUAUGUUCAAUCUUUUGUGUUUGUCAUUCUCUUUGGCAAAUUGGUCCGAAAAAUCUUCUUCGGCCAAUUAAGAGCGGCCGAAGUAGAGCGUUUGGUGGAGAGCUUUUGGUACGUCUUCACUGAAACGGGAUUGACCUUCACCAUGUUCAGAGAUGAUAUUUCGCCCAACUUUGUGGUCUUCUUCACCAUCCUGGUUUUUUUGAAGAUAUUCCAUUGGCUCACCGAAGACCGAGUGGAUUACAUGGAGCAAUCACCGAACAUCACGGUACUUUUCCAUAUACGCAUGGUCUCGCUGAUGAUCAUCUUGGCUAGUGUGGACAUUCAACUGAUCGCUUAUGCCUAUACUUCGACAGUGUCGAAGGGACCCUCCGUGCAAUUGGUAUUUGCCUUUGAAUAUGCCAUCUUGUUAACCAUUCUCACGACCACAGCCAUCAAGUAUGUACUUCACGUGAUCGAUUUAUACGGCGAGAAUCCCUGGGAAGACAAGGCCGUGUUCAUGUUGUACACCGAAGUGGUGAUUGGGUUCAUCAAGUCUCUGUUGUACAUGAUUUUCGUGUUCAUCCUGGUUCGAACCCACACUUUCCCGGUGUUUGCAUUCAGGCCCAUGUAUCAGACCUUGAAGUCCUUCAAGAGAGCCUUCAACGGUGUUCUGUUAUCUCGCAGAGCCAUUCAUGUUAUGAACACAUGCUACCCAAAUGCCACACCCGAGGAGUUGGCCAAUACGGACAAUGUCUGUAUUAUUUGCCGUGAAGAGAUGAAUACCAAUACCAUCACGAAGAAGCUACCUUGCAACCACAUUUUCCACAAGAGUUGUCUCAGGUCCUGGUUCCAGCGACAACAGACAUGUCCUACUUGUAGAUUGGAGGUUCUCGAAGCCCCUGGACAGAAUCGAACCAACCCGGCUGGCGUUAACAACAACAACAAUAAUAACAACAAUGCUAAUUCUGGUAACAAUAACAAUAAUCAAGGCGCUCAGCAACAACCGCGUCCGGGUCAGUUCCCCAUGUUUGAUCCCAAUAUGUUCAUGCAAGGACGCCUACCAUUCCCGAUGCCACCAUUCCCUGGAGUGAACAAUGUGGGUGGUCAACCGGGAAGACCUGGGGCUGCAGCCCCCCCAAGACCCACCACAACCCAACCUUCGGCGAGUGCGACUACCACUACUGGACCUCCAGGAGCAGCAAGUAUGACUCCUCCUCCAUUCUUUCCCAUGCCACCAUUUUUCGGGGCUCCCUUUGGUGUACCCCCACCUUUGCCACCCGUAAACUUCGCUGGGUUGACUGACGACGAACUCCGGGCCAUGGAAGGGCAGGAACGCCAAAACGUGGAGGCUAGAGUCCGAUGCUUGCGAAACAUCCAGAUUUUGCUGGAUGCUGCCGUCAUGGAAAUGCAACAAUAUUCCUCGGUUGCGGCCAGGCUUCAACCAGGGGUACCCUCAUUUCCUACGACAUCUACCGCAACGCAAUCGUCGACCACCACGACGAGUGCAACCCAAAGCACAACCUCGACAGUCUCAUCAAGUUCUGGGAGUGUUAGUAACGUGACCACUUCAACCAGUUCAACGACAUACAGUUUGCUGGGAGCUCGACCCAGGGUGGUGGCGCCUAAUCCGUCUUUGGAGAAGGAAGCCGAGGCAGUGAUUGCCAAAAUGGAUGCCAAGACAUCUCAUGAGAGGAAGCAAGAGGAUCCUGCUAUCGAUCCGGAACGUGUGUUGUCCACACUUCAAGACGAAUUGCUCUCCUCGCCAUCCACGUCAUCCGCGUCGCCGGCGAGAAAUAUCGAUUCCAGGCCUUCAAGGAAUGAAGAACAAGACGAAAUACGCCGACGAAGGUUGGCCUUAUUCGAGCAACAAGCCCAGAAAGAGAACGCAGAGGAGAGCAAGAAAUCCAACUGAGCAGGAAAGUUGUGCGUGUCCCAUUGUCUGUUUGAUGAAAAAAAAUAUUCUUGAUCCUAUUAUUAUUGUUUUUUCUGCCCAUUGGUCUAGUGUACCAGUAGAGUUAUCAAACUUAUUUUCAUUCACCCCCCAGCUAAAGAAUAUAGAAUUCCUAAUUCA